AUGAACCUCUUCGGGAGAAAAAAGGCCGAACCGCCGCCCCCGCCGACAUCGAAUGCCGGUCCAACGGUGUCAGCGUCCAGCACUCUGAACGCAAUCACAAAGCUGCGCGAUGCGGGCGACACGCUGGACAAGCGAGAAGACUACCUCAAUAACAAAAUUAAGAAGGAGACCGACGAGGCCAAGAAGUUUAUGGGCCAAGGCAAAAAGAGUCAGGCGCGCGCCUCCCCACUCGGCCCGGCUUGCCUCCCCUCUCGCCCCGGCCGCGUUGGCGAGGCGGCCGGUCGAAGCCAGGGCCGCGUCGGUCGGCGAUUGGCCGCACCGCCCCCUGACGCGCGCGCGCUGUCGGGACGGCAGGCGCUCCAGUGCAUCAAGCGGAAGAAGAUGUACGAGGGGCAGGUCGAGAAGAUUGGACAGGCGAGGCUGAAUCUCGAGACGCAGCAACUCGCGCUCGAGCAGCUCAACCUCAACAAGGAGGUCGUCGAGGCGCAGCGCGAGGGCGCAAAGACCAUGGCCUCCGUGACGGCGCAGAUGGGCGCGAUUGAGGACGCGCAGGCGGAUGCGAACGACAUAGCGGAGGCGCUGGGGCGGCCGAUGGCCGGCGCGUACGACAUGGACGACUCGGACCUGCUCGCAGAGCUCGAGGAGCUCGAGUCGGAAGACCUCGAGAGCCAGGAGAAGAGACGAGCCUUGUACCGCUCCCCGGAGGUCCGAGCCUCGCCCGAGCCCCUUCUCGGGCCCACCCAGGCGCUCGGCGUGGACUUGUCGGAGCUCAAAGGCUUGGACGCGCCGUCGGUGCCGUCCUCGAAGCCAAUGCCGUCGGCGCCGACGGGCAAGGUCCGGGCUCCCCGCGCCGCACUGUCGCGCCGCAGCCUGCCGCACGCCCCCCUCCUCUAA